AUGUCAAUAAAUCUGAGGUCAAUUUUACUGUAUAUUUUAUUAAUCUACAUAAUUGUUAAAAAUAUAAAUUGUUCAAUUUCUAAUGGAAAAAGAACAGUUUACAAAAGAAAAGAAACUUAUCAAAAAAGGAAUGAGAAUGCUUAUGAUAAGUUUCAAGAAAGAACACUUAAAAAGUUGAGAACAGAAAAUGGCCGACUUUUAUUAGUAGUUUGCAAGUCAAAAUGCUUAAAAGAGAGAGCUGAUAUAGCCGCGUGGCUAAGUGAACACAACAAGAAAAGCAGUAUAAACUCCCAAAAUUUCCAUAAAGAAAUCAACGAAACUCAUGAGGAAGCAACAAAGAAUGUAUCAAAGUCAACAUAUCAACCAUUGGGAAUUCACAUUCAUUACUACCAAAAGUCAUUUCCUAUUGCCGAAAUAGAGAGGAAAAUAAAGAAAAGUUCGAAGCAAGUAAUUGCCUUUUAUGUAGCUGAUGGCAAGGAAUUUCAAAUACCGGAUAAGGAUCUCACACGAAAAGAAAUGUUUCUUCAAUGGUUAGAAGCCUAUGAACAUCCUACAAAUAUUAUAUUGUUAAAAGAAGCGAUAGAGCUUGAUGAAUGGCUUAAUAAUGAAUGCAACGAAGUGACAAGACGUUCGCUAGAUCAAACAGAAAUAUGCCCUGAACCUUUACUGAAGAAUUUUGCUCGUUCCUUUAUGAAUAGAUCAAAUUACGUGGCAGUCGAGUUGCGACAAAUGCAGGAAAUCAUACCACAAUUGAAUCCAAUAGAAUUAGAAUUUUUUAAAGAAGAACGCCACUUGAAAUCAAUAGAGCAAAACCGUCAAUAUUUAGCAGUUGGCACAAUAGGAGGCGUAGCAGUGAUGGCAUUAGCAAUGUCCAUUUUUUGGGGUUUAAAUGGAAAUGAUUUUGUACCAAAAAAGUAG